UGCAGUGCACUGCCGCCAAACAGCUGUUCGUCAACAAUCAACAAGCGAGAAUGGCUGAAGAAAUAAACAUUAAAAGCGGCAAAGCUGAUGCUGCUGCAAAAAAGAAAUCCGAUAUAUCAGCUUAUACAAAGAGAACAGUGCUCGAGUUUCUCCAGCAAAAUGGCUGCACUCACGCCAACCUGGAGACGGUGACACGUGCACGUCGUGGUAAUACGCAAAAAAUACUUGAUUUCUUUUGCAAGAGCUACGCGAAUGCCGAGCAGGCUGUGAAUCAAGACUAUAACUCAGUGAGUCUCAACAACAUCAAUCAUUGGCUGGAGUUGUUGAACAAAUCGGAAUUGUCAAAUCUCUGUGAAUACGAAUCCGCCGCAGUCUUGAAUGCCAUUCGGCGUAAUGAGCCGCAACCGGAGCCGGAACAACUGGAAGGCAUCGAUAUGAGUGAGGCUUAUACAUUUCUGGAGAAUGCUUUAACUGGACAGCCCCAAAAGACGUUAAGCGAGGCAACCGAAAAGUUUAUGGCACGCGAAAUUGAGUUGCUUAUUGCCGAGGCUAAUACCGAGGAGUCGGACUCUUUGGCACGAGAUAUUGGACAACAAUUGUCCACUCGCCAGGAUUAUAACUAUGAGGCGGAACCACAUCGAUGCAGUUUAGAUCCAUUGUUUUUGAAUGACAAAGAGCCAUAGUAGUAAAAUAAAAUAGUUAAGACCCAAGCAUAAAUAGC